AUGCGCAUUGCAGAUGUUGGCACAGGGACUGGAAUUUGGCUAUCGGACCUUGCAGAUGCUCUCCCAAAGACCUGUCAGCUUGACGGUUUUGACCUCUCGGAUGCCAUGUUUCCCAGCAAGGAUGCAUUGCCAGACAAUAUCACCUUCCACCACCAAAACCUUCUCGUGCCAUUCCCAGAUGAAUAUCUGGAGAAAUAUGAUGUCGUCAAUGUUCGAGUGAUGGUGGUGGCUUUGUCAUCUAAUGAGUGGGAGCCUGCUGUGCGAAACAUGAUGACCCUUCUUAAGCCUGGAGGCUAUUUACAAUGGGUUGACUGCGCUGCACAUGAAUGUGUAAUCAAAGGAGUGCCUGAGGGGAAUUUACCCAUUAAUGCACAACGCGGAAUCGACUUGUUCCGGAAGACAUUGAAUUCGCUUGGGAAAACAGCCAAUAUCACUCUUCUUCGUGGCAUUUUUCAGAAAAGUGGACUGCUGUCUUGUGAAGAGGAAAUAUACACACUGGACAAUCCAGAGACUCGGGAGAGCCUCAAUCUCUCAGUUCUUGUCGGGAUUCAACAUAUUCUGACUGCUGCUUUCAAUUUGCAUAAGCUGGAUGAGAUACAAUCGAUUGACCAGAUAUUGGAGCUGAAGGAGGCGGCUUUGCGGGACUUGCGCGAUACGUCGUGUUAUUAUUGUUACGAUGUCAGCACCUCUGGAGCAGUUGAAAUACCGCUCUUGCUCCAAGGUCUCGCCCCUCCUGUUGCUGAAGAGGAGAAUCGAGGCACUAUGGACUAUUCUAAGCCACCCGUGGCCAUCUUUGCAGGUGCUUUGUACGGUGAUGAGGAAAUCGACGAGAUGCGCCAGGCGUGUCAAGGGCUCAGUUUUGUGCCUUGGUUAAAGAUGGAUAUGACCGUGCCCAAACCGCCAAUCGGACCGGGGUAUGCGGAGCAUGUCGUGCAAAGAAUCAAAGCAUGUAUGAAGAAGAUUGAAGCUGAAGGAAUGUUAGAGCAAGAUGGCUUGUGGCUUUAUUGA